UUUAUCUCUUCUUUGAUUCUUCUAGUACAUAGUUAAUACCCAUUAUUUGUAAGUUAAUAGUGUAAAUUUUUGCGUAGUUUUAAAAUUUUGUUUCUAUAAAAUGAAAUUUCUUAUGAACAAUUAGAAAAUUUGAAAGCUACCGUUUAAUAUAAAAAAAAAUGUACUCCAAGAAGAUAUAAUGGUUGAAAACAUGAACUAUGAUACCAACACUGUCACAGGUUCUGCCUGUAAGGCAGUUCUACAGUAUUGUGCCAAUUCACAUCCAUUUGAAGAACGAACUCUCACACUUAGUCAACCUGUAAAAAUUGGAAGGUUAUUGGCUAAAGCAAAAGUUUGUCCUAACAAUGGUAUAUUUGACUGCAAAGUAUUGUCAAGAAAUCAUGCUUUGCUUUGGUAUGAAAACAAUAAAUUUUAUUUGCAAGACACUAAAAGCAGUAAUGGUACAUUUGUUAAUAAUCAUAGACUUAGUAAAAGUGGUGAAGAAUCUAAACCUCAAGAAGUAUUUAGUGGUGAUAUAGUCCAAUUUGGUGUUGAUGUAAUUGAAAAUUCCAAAAAUAUAUCUCAUGGCUGUAUAACAGCAAUUCUCAAAUUGUAUAAUGCAGAUGGUUCUGAAGCUAAAGCUAAUCCUAUUAAUAAUUUUAUUAAUGAUGUUUCAACCCAAGACUUAUAUACUAUUGAUGCUUAUAUUCGAGAAGCAAUGCACAGGGAAUUAAAUUUGGAAAAUAAAUUGUUAAGUUUAGAAAAACUUUUAUCAAAUAUUAUUGGUGAAACGGACAACAGCUGGAAAGCUUUAGUUGCAGAAGAUCGCCUGUUAUCCAAAAUUGAAUUUUUAGAAAGCCAACUUCAGUAUUAUAAAAAAGAUAUUGGAGAAGAUGAAAUGAGAAAAGAAAUAUGUGACUUAAAACAAUAUAAAUAUUCAUAUCAAGGAAUGGCAAAAGAUUGUUUAAAAAAAGAGAUGGAAGAUAAAUUAAAGUUAAUGCAAAAAUGUCAAGAAUUAGAAAAUUUACUAAAGCAUUCUACUACUGAGCAAAACGCCUUAAUGAAACAUCUCAAUGAUGCACAAACAGAAAUCAAAGAUUUGUGCGCUAAACUCAAUGUAGAAAUUUCAAACCAUGAAAAUACUGUUAAAGAAUAUACUAUAACAAAAGAACUCUAUGAAACUGAAUUGAAAACCUUAAAAGAAACUAAAAAUGAAAUAGAAAAUAGUUUUCAUAACCGUUGUGAUGAAGUUGAAAGCUUAAAAGCUGAAAUUGUUAAAAUUAAAAAUAAAUUUAACAGCAAAAACAUAUUUUUCUCAAAGUUGGAGAAUGACCAUGAAUUUAAUGAAGAAACAUCAUUAAAUCAAUACUUAAAUGAUAUAUCAUCAAACGUGGUACUUAUAUUACAGAGCCAACAAACAUGUUUAACUCAAAUAAAUAAUUUGCAUUGUCAAAUGCAUAAAAAUAUAAAACAAAAGUCUGAAAUUGAAAAACAAAUAUGUCAAUUACAAACAGAGCUUGAUUUGAAUAAAGAAUACAUAAUGAAAUGUAUAAAAGAUAAAAAUGUUGCUGAAUUAAGCAGUUUAGAUUCUGAAAAAUUGAAGAUGAUCAUAAUUAAAGAAGAAAAUUUAUUAAAUCUAGAAGAAUUUUCUAAAGAUAUUGAAAUUCAAAUCGAAUUUUACAAAAAAAAAUGUGAUAAUAUUGAAGGUAAAUUAUCUGAAUUCAAAGAUGUUUUGCAAGAUUGUAUAAGAAAUUUGGAAGAUCAAGAAUCUUCAUUAAAGCAUUUAAAAAAAGAACUUUCUUGUAAAGAAGUUAUAAUAAUUUUGAUAUCAAACUAUUUAUACCAUCUAUCAAGUUUAAAUUCGAACAAUAUUUUCACAAUUCCAAACAUACUUCAAAAAAACUUAGAUUGUUUUCAUGACUCAAAAGAUAUUGAUAAUAUUUUAGAUAAUCUCAAGUCUUCCUAUUCGGAAAAUUUAAAAAAUGAAUCACUGAUAUUUAGAGAUAAUGUUGAAAAUGAAACAUUACCGGACUCUCAAACAGAUGGUUACUUAAUACAAGAUACAAGUUCAGUUACAACUGAAAGUAAAGAAGACUCAAAUAUUAUUGAAAACAGAUUAGAAAAUUUAUACGUAGAGUAUAACUUAUGUAUCACAGAGAAGAACUCUUUAAAAUACGAGUUAGAACAAACUCUAUUAAAAUGCAAGGAGUUGGAGCAGUAUCCAAACUUUCAUUUAUUUUUUGCGUUACCAUCAAUAGUAUUAUUUUUAGUAUUAGUCAUUCGAUUUUAUACAUACUUGUCUUAUUUGACAGGAACAGCUGAUUAAACAUAGUAAUAUGUAAAAUAAUAAUUUAUAUUUUGUUAUUUUACGAUUAAAAUCUAAAAUAUAAUUAUAAAUUUUUUACAAAUAAUAUUUAAUACCAACAUUGUUACAUGGAUUGUAUAAUUCUUUAUAAUCUAUCUUUUAAUUUUUAUAUCUUAAGUUUAUAUUUAAUGUACAUAUUAUGAGGUAGUUUUAUAAAGAUUAAGUAUUAGAAUUGGAAUCUCUGAAACAUGUACUGAAUUUUUACUCCUAAAUGAUAAAUUAUUACCAUAUCUCUAAAAAUAGAUAAAUUUGGGAUUUUGUCUCUAUUUUUUUUUAGCUUUCACUAUUGAUUUGAAUUGGGAAUUUUAAAACAAUAGAAACAAAACAAUUUUUGUAAAAGAAGUAUUUUUUUCAUUACAAUAUAAUUAUUAUGUUAAUUUAAUUAUGUAUUGAAUUAUAACCACAUUAGUUUAUAUUAAAUAUGUAUAUGAUUCAUGUAAUACAAUUUAUACCGAAAUCUUAAAUAAUCUUAACAUUUAUUUAAAAAUAUGAUUAAAUUAUAGUUUAUAUUUAUUUAUAAAUUAAAACUUUAUUGUCGCAACUGGGUCAGUUUCUUUGACUUUAAACAACCAUUUAAAUUUACCUUUAAAUGAGAUUAAAGAUAGUCAAAAUGUACUGAUUAGUGUAAAGUGAAGUUGUUUUUUUAUUUAUAAUUGUUUAUUUUUUAUUUUUUUCGAAAUACUAACUAUUGCUUUGUGAAAUAAAAUAUGUGUAUGAUAUAAAAUAUUCAAAGCUUUAAUGUAUACUGCUUUAUUUUUUACUUUAAAGCUUGCCAUUUUGUAUUUAUUUUGUUUUGUUAAGUUAUUUAAUAAUACUUUAUCAGCACAACUAUUGCAAUAUAUUUAUUAAAUUAUUAAAAUUUGCCAUAUAUUUUUAUUUAUAUACAUAUGUUUUACUAUUUAAUUAU